ACCUCUUUAACUUCCAGAGAGAACAUAAUAUGUUUACCCCCUCCGGUUUUGUCGCACCGUCCUUGUGCUGUACGAGUUUUAAUGGUUACUGCGCUGCUUUAUUGAAGAAUGUUAAUCUCCGCGGUUUUCAGCGGGGAUAGAAAACUUAGCCAGCUCGAUAGCGGCGUAUAGUUCGACGACGUAAGCCGUUGGGAACGCAGUGUGCUCGUAGCCUUGGAUCAGAUCGGCUUUUACUGAGACUCGACUGUCCGGAGCAGAGCACCAUGUCGGAGGAUAACGCAGAGAAGUUCAUCAAGGAGACGUCGAUUCUGGAUGAAUACAACAUAAACUGGACACAGAAGUUAGGAGCUGGGAUCAGUGGGCCUGUCAGAGUGUGUGUGAAGAAGUCAAGUCAGGAACGCCUGGCCCUGAAAAUCCUCAUCGAUCGACCAAAGGCCAGAAAUGAGGUGCGUCUCCAUAUGAUGUGUGCCAACCAUUCAAACGUCGUGCGAAUCCUGGAGGUGUACGCCAACAGUGUUCAGUUCCCUCACGAAUCCAGCUCAAGAGCGAGGCUCCUGAUCGUCAUGGAGAUGAUGGAGGGCGGCGAGCUCUUCCACAGAAUCAGUCAGCACCAGCACUUUACCGAAAAGAUGGCCAGUCAGGUCACGAAACAGAUCAGUCAAGCGUUGGCACAUUGCCACUGCAUGAAUAUUGCACACCGUGACCUGAAGCCAGAGAACCUGCUGUUCAAAGAUAACUCUCUGGACGCACCUGUGAAGUUGUGUGACUUUGGCUUUGCCAAAAUAGAUCAAGGAGACUUGAUGACCCCUCAGUUCACCCCGUACUACGUAGCACCUCAGGUACUUGAGGCUCAAAGAAGGCACCAGAAGGAAAAGUCUGGAAUCAUACCUACCUCGCCAACUCCUUACACGUAUAACAAGAGCUGCGACUUGUGGUCCCUCGGUGUGAUCAUCUACGUAAUGCUGUGCGGCUAUCCUCCGUUCUACUCCAAACAUCACAGUCGCACCAUCCCAAAGGACAUGAGGAAGAAGAUCAUGACGGGCAGCUUUGAUUUUCCCGAAGACGAGUGGAGCCAGAUCUCUGAGAUGGCGAAGGACGUCGUACGCAAGCUGCUGAAGGUGAAGCCAGAGGAGAGGCUGACCAUCGACGGAGUCUUGGCUCACCCGUGGUUGAACUGCACCGAGGCGCUCGACAACGUGCUGCCGUCCCCGCAGAUGAUGAUGGACAAGGCCGUCGUGGCGGGCAUCCAGCAGGCACACGCAGAGCAGCUGGCCAACAUGAGAAUUCAGGAUCUGAGCGUCAGCCUGAAGCCACUAAACUCCGUCAACAACCCCAUUCUCAGGAAGCGGAAACUGCUCGUCCCCAAACCAACUGAUGGCUUCUUGAUUCAUGACCCAGAAAAUGGAGGGGAAGACUCCAACGUAGCGCUUGAAAAGCUAAGGGAUGUUAUUGCACAGUGCAUACUACCACAAGCUGGAGAGAACGAGGAUGAGAAGCUGAAUGAGGUGAUGCAUGAAGCCUGGAGGAUCAACAGAGACUGUAAGCUGCUGAGAGACGGUCUGCAUGGACUCAGCUGGGACGGGCGAGCCUUCUCUGAUAAAGUCGACCGAUUGAAGCUGGCAGAAAUAUUAAAACAGGCUAUCGAAGAGAAGACGACCCUUCAGGAAUCUCAUUAGCAAACGUUGUUUCUACCCAUCUCUUUUUAUAUUGUUUAUUAUAUAAUAUUUCUUAUUGCCCUUUUUAACUCCUAUCUGUAAAAAAAAGUUGUUUUAUGUCAAAUGAUGUGCUUUUUUUUCCUUUUUCAUACAUUUAUUUGUAAGAUCUAUUGUUGCUAGAGCUAUUGUAAAGCUGUAGAUGUAUUUGAAAAAAAUCAAUUGGUACUAUCUUUUUUUUUAAAUAGACAAUGGCAAAAGAUCAUAGAAAAUAUAUUUUCUGUUUUGCAAAAAAAAAAAAAAAAACGAUAAAGGAAAUGUGUGAAACUAUUUUUGGGGAGGGAAUUUUUAAUAGCUGCUCAUCUAAGAUGCCGUGUUUGUUUUAUUCCCAUUUAUUUUAAUUUUAUUUUGACCACUCUAAAAGUUUUAUUUAUUUAAACCAAAAUAAUUCCAAUCGUUUCUACCUUUCUUGUAGCUCGAUAGUGGCUCUGAGGUUUACAGAAGUGGUCUCCGUCGUGUUCUUCCGCCCUCUGCCUGCAGGCAGAAGAAACCUUUCCUUUGGGGACUUAAAAGUGUCAUAGAGCAGAAAAAUGCAGCUUUCCGUUUCGUUCAUCUUGCUCCCACCCCUCUUAGCUUACUCAGAUCCAAUAUGCAUUUGAAAAGUCUUUGAAAACUUGAAGGUUUUAUUUUCAUGUGAAACUAAAUUUAUUAAAAAACCCAUUUUUUUUAGCUUCUGAGAAAAACCAUCUGUUAGUGGAUUAGUCGUUCUUAUCGCCUUUAAAACUACCGUAAUUUCCGGACUUUAGAGCGCACCUCAAUAUAAGCCACAUCGGGCUAAAAGCCGCAGAUAUCCACUGAAUUGAAAACGUAGUUUGUCAGUGUUGCUCUCCGUGUUGCUGUCAUCAUCCCAGGGUGAAGCGGUGAAAACACGCAGCGCUGUUAAACUGUGAAAAAAUCCUCCGGGGCGCUUUCCGUAGCACUCCUUUCCAGCAUCCAUCCUUUUAAAGCUGCGCACCUCAUUAUAAGCCGCGUUCAAAGCGUGGGAAAAAGUAGCGGCUUAUAGUCCGGAAAAUACGGUAAAAUCAUCUAAACUCUGGAUCUCAGUGGAUAAAGCUCACAGAUGCUGCGUUUUUCAUUUAAAGCUAAAAACUGAUCAAAAUGGCUAAUAAAAGCUAAAUUAAUGGACAUAAAAUAUUGUCUCCAUGUAAAAAAAUAGCAUUAGCAAUAGCAUUACUUUGGCCAGUGGCGUGUCCAGAUCUUUUAAAAUGGGGUGGCCCUGGUGAGGCACAACUUUGUGCAUGGGUGGCACCAGUGGUUAUGCUUUUUUGUUUUACCCCCAAGCCUUUUGUGGACAAUGAAAAGUCUAUUUAAAGGUAAAUUAGUGUGGUGGCACCUGGGGUGGCCAAUCAGAUUCCAAGGGUGGCAUGUGCUACCCCAGGCCACUCCCUGGACACGCCCCUGACUUUGGCCUUACUCGGACUGAAAGAUCAGAAGUGGAUGUUCUGCUCAGUGGGCAAAAAGGAGAUCAUUUAAAAUGUGUUGAUCCCAGAUUUCUGACAGGGAAAUCCUCACCGCCUGCAGUCAUGAGUUUAUUUAUAGGAGUGGUGUAAAGAAGGGAUUUCUUUAAUUAACCAAAAAUCAGUUUGUGUUAUUUUGAAUUUGUCUUUCGUACGUUACGCUUCUCAACUCCAGUAAUCCAGUUUUGUUUGUAUGCAUUUUGCUUUUGUUUGUAAUCAAACGGUUUGUUUUUACCGAACAGCGACGCCAUCGCUGCGGUCCCAGAUGAAUGGAAGGUCACUGGUGUCUAAAAAAAGCCUCAUCUUGUAGCUAAAGAAAGAUGUUUUUGAUAUUACAGCAGAGCUGAUGAUUUUUACGUUUUGAACUGGCACAAAGAAAAAAACGUCUUCCUGAAUGUGAGUAAAGAUUUCAGUUUCUCUUAAAAAGCUAAAUGACAAAAGGUUUGUGGUUGAAAAGGCCUUAUAGUUUAAGACAAUGUGCCUUGAAUGGGCAGCAUAUCCGUUCAUUUACUGCUGUCAUUUAAAUUUUUUAAUACAAGUUUCAGACUGAUUUACUUGUUUUCCUGUGAAGGUUUUCAUUCCAUUGAGCGUAUUUGGUGACUAUGAAAAUGAAACUAAAAUCAUGUUUGAGAAUGAAAAGAAGAAAUCUGAUCAUUUAAGUGCAUUUUUCUGCUCAGAUAUUUAAAAAUCCAUCUUGACCUUUGGGGGAAACGAUCAGCAUUUAUUGAAUUUGAAGCUUCUUGGCUUGAUACAGAUGAACGGAGCUUUUCAUAUCUUUCUCAGAGCAUCAUUGCAAUGCCAAAUGAGUAUUUUUGUAAUUUAAAGCCAAGGCAUGCAUUUCCUAUCAGUAUGCAUGUAGGAUAUUAAUGUUCCCCAACUGUGAAAACCCAAAUGGAAACAUGCUGUUGCACUGAGGCUGAAGUUUAUUCUCUACCUGCAGGCUUUUGGAUUAACAAAGGCACAUUUACAGUGGUGUGAAACCAUUUGCCCCCUUCCUGAUUUUUUAUUUCUUUGCAUGUUUGUCACACAAAAUGUUUCUGAACAAACACAUUUAACCAUUAGUCAAAGAUAACACAAGUAAACACAAAAUGCAGUUUUGAAAUGAUGGUUUUUAUUCUUUAGGGAGAGAACAAAUCCAAACCUACAUUGCCCUGUGUGAAGAAGUAAUUGCCCCCUGAACCUAAUGACUGGUUGGGCCUCCCUUAGCAGCAAUAACUGCAAUCAAGCAUUGGGGAUAACUUGCUACGAGUCUUUUACAGCGCUCUGGUGGAAUUUUAGCCCACUCAUCUUUGCAGAACUGUUGUAAUUCAGCUUUAUUUGAGGGGUUUCUAGCAUGAACCGCCUUUUUAAGGUCAUGCCAUGGCAUCUCAACAGGAUUCAGGUCAGGACUUUGACUAGGCCACUCCAAAGUCUUCAUUUUGUUGUUCUUCAGCCAGUCAGAGGUGGAUUUGCUGGUGUGUUUUGGGUCCUUGUCCUGCUGCAGCACCCAAGAUCGCUUCAGCUUUAGUUGACCAACAGAUGGCCGGACGUUCUCCUUCAGGAUGUUGUGGUAGACGGUAGAAUUCAUGGUUCCAUUUAUCACAGCAAGCCUUCCAGUUCCUGAAGCAGCAAAACAAUCCCAGACCAUCACACUACCACCACCAUAUUUUACUGUUGGUAUGAUGUUCUGUCUGAAAUGCUGCGUUACUUCUACGCCAGAUGGAACGGGACAUUUGCCUUCCAAAAAGUUCUACUUUUGUCUCAUCAGUCCACAAGGUCUUCUCCCAAAAGUCUUGGCAUCCAUUGAGAUGUUUCUUAGCAAAAUUGAGACAAGCCCUAAUGUCCUUUUUGCUUAACAGUAGUUUGAGUCUUGGAAAUCUGCCAUGCAGGCCAUUGUUGCCCAGUCUCUCUCUCAUGGUGGAGUCAUGAACUUUGACCUUAAUUGAGGCAAGUGAGGCCUGCAGUUCUUUAGAAGUUGUCCUGGGGUCUUUUGUGACCUCUCGGAUGAGUUGUCUCUGCGCUCUUGGGGUAAUUUUGGUCGGCCGCCCACUCCUGGGAAGGUUCACCACUGUUCCAUGUUGUUGCCAUUUGUGGAUAAUGGCUCUCACCGUGGUUCGCUGGAGUCCCAAAGCUUUAGAAAUGGCUUUAUAACCUUUACCAGACUGAAAGAUCUCAAUUACUUUUGUUCUCAUUUGUUCUUAAAUUUCUUUGGAUCUUGGCAUGAUGUCUAGCUUCUGGUCUACUUCUCUGUGUCAGGCAGCUCAUAUUUAAGUGAUGUCUUGAUUGAAACAGGUGUGGCAGUAAUCAGGCUUGGGGGUGGCUACAGAAAUUGAACUCAGGUGUGAAACACCACAGUUGGGUUAUUUUUUAACAAGGGGGGCAAUUACUUUUUCACACAGGGCAAUGAAGGUUUGGAUUUGUUCUCUCCCUAAAUAAUAAAAACCAUUUCAAAACUGCAUUUUGUGUUUACUUGUGUUAUCUUUGACUGAUGGUUAAAUGUGUGUGAUGAUCAGAAACAUUUUGUGUGACAAACAUGCAAAAGAAUAAGAAAUCAGGAAGGGGGCAAACAGUUUUUCACACCACUGUAAUUUGUCUCCAUUGCUUCCAUUCCCCAGGAUGUUGUUCUAAUUUACCAUUAAGCAUUUUAAAACAAGGUUUUUCCUCGUAAUUUGGCAUCUAAUGUAAGGAGGAGGAAUUUGUAAUAAAAUAAGUUCCUAACUGCUGAAAGCAAAUGAAAAUUUAGUGAUUUCAUCUUUUUUUUUCCCCUCUUUUCCAUCUGGCGUUAAGUUUAUGUAGCAUGAAUCCCUCAAAGACUUCUGUACUUUCUGCCUUCUUGGAAUGUCAACAUGCUGACUUUUUAAUAAAUUGUUCAAAUAAAAAAGCAA